AUGUGGGUUCGACCACGUCCACGGCAUUGGUGGGAGUAUGCAUUGACUACUUUCAAUGAUGCUGACUGGAAGACGCACUUUAGAAUGAAGAGGAGAACCUUCAACGUUCUUGUUGAUAGAAUUCGUCCUUACGUGCAAUAUGAAAACACCCAAUUCCGCAAUCCCAUACCUCUUGACAAGCGUGUAGCAAUAUCACUUUGGCGUCUUGCUACUCCAGAUGCAUACAGAACGAUUGGGGAGCUCUUCGCUGUAGGGACAUCAAGUGCUUGUGUAAUUACACAUGAAAUUUGCAGAGUAAUGCAAGACCAUCUACUACCUAGUCUUAUUGCAUUCCCACGUGGAGAAAACCUGCAGGAAGUUUUAGAGGGAUUUCAACAUGAGCUCAACUUCCCACAAUGUGUAGGAGCUAUUGACGGCAGUCACAUAGAAAUAUAG